AAUGGCUGCUCUACCUUAUUGUAUAAGAGAGUAGAAAAUCUACCCACAUAGGGAGUAUCAUCACAGCCCUGUUUCUCCUGCGUUUUGGUUGCAGAAUCACUGAGUUCUCUUCCAAAAAUGCUAUCUUUAAAUCUUCUUCCCUCCUCAAAUGUCACUUUCUCCAGACCCAACCUUAAAUAUCCCAUCAAUUCUUCACUUUUGGAUCCCAAUCUCGUGAGCAGAAACCAAAAGCUGAGGAGCCUUCCGUAUUUUCGAGCUGCUGAAGCUGGGUUCAAACUGUCCCAGUCGAAUCUUCUUCAGAUCCCAUGCUCAAGUUCCGAUUUUUCCAGAAUCUUGAAGUACCCAAUUGGGUUUUCUUCGAGAAAUGGUUCUCAGAUCGUCAGAGCAGUCUCCGGAAGCCCAGAAGAGGCCGGCCCGGAUGCUCAGAUUGAGGCGAAGCCAAAGAAGAAUUUCAAGCUAGCUUUGAUUUUUGGUCUUUGGUACUUCCAGAACAUUGUUUUCAACAUAUACAACAAGAAGGUGCUCAAUAUCUUCCCAUUUCCAUGGCUCCUUGCUUCAUUUCAGCUGCUCUGUGGGUCUGUUUGGAUGCUUGUGCUCUGGUAUUCCAAGCUCCAGUCUUGCCCCAAGAUAUCAAAAUCCUUCAUUGUUGCACUUCUUGGGCCUGCUUUGUUCCACACAAUAGGCCAUAUCUCUGCUUGUGUCUCCUUUUCUAAGGUGGCUGUUUCAUUCACCCAUGUUAUCAAAUCUGCAGAGCCUGUGUUUUCUGUUGUGUUUUCAUCUUUCCUGGGGGAUACCUAUCCUCUAAAGGUCUGGCUUUCAAUUCUGCCCAUUGUGUUUGGUUGCUCUCUGGCUGCAAUAACUGAAGUGUCCUUCAACUUUGAGGGCCUGUGGGGGGCUAUGAUUAGCAAUGUUGGGUUUGUUCUUAGGAACAUUUACUCCAAGAAAAGCUUGCAGAACUUUAAGGAGGUGGAUGGGUUGAACUUGUAUGGCUGGAUUACUAUCCUAUCAUUUGCUUAUCUGUUCCCAGUGGCAGUGUUUGUUGAAGGCUCUCAAUGGGUUGCAGGAUAUCACAAAGCCAUUACUACUAUAGGAACUCCAUCAACCUUCUAUAUAUGGGUUCUUGUGUCUGGGAUCUUUUACCAUCUAUACAACCAAUCAUCUUAUCAGGCUUUGGAUGACAUUAGCCCUCUAACGUUUUCGGUAGGCAAUACGAUGAAGAGAGUGGUGGUGAUUGUCUCCACCGUGUUCGUUUUCAGGAAUCCAGUCAGGCCAUUGAAUGCUCUUGGCUCGGCCAUCGCGAUUUUGGGGACUUUCUUGUACUCACAGGCAACAUCCAAAAAGCCAAAGGGAGAGGCAGUGGAGAAGAAGGAAUAGAAAGAAUGAAGGAUGGAUGGUCUUUCUCUUUUCUGAAUUCUGAUAGUGUUUGUUGACUACCAUUGAAAUUUAUGAUCUUUUAUGAAUCUGAAAUGAAAAUACAUCAAUGCUAGAAAUUUCGUUCUAGAAUGCUUUGGUUCCAUCUGAAUUAGUCCAUAGUUCUGUCUACCUUUUGGCUAGCAUAGCUUCGACUAGGAGGAAUUCAUCUGUGACAAUAAUCACAAUAUUUUGCCUUGAUUUGAAGUUCAGAAUUUGAUCUUGUUGUUCUUA